GUGUUGUUUUCUCCAGAGCGGCGCAGGCUGGGGUGAGACUGGAUGGACGUUUAUCAGAUUACGAGAGGAAUGGAUAGAGUGGACAGAGGUUAGACUUGCAGUGAGAGAUUUAUUGGAAGAAAAACCACGACUGAAGAUGAGGGAACAGCAACAAGUGAACCAGCCCGAGGAUUGAGAGCAUCAACUAGAGAGAACCCAUCUGACUCGGAGAUUCCACUGAUUCAGUCAGGAGAAAGUUUGGUUAGAAAAUGACAAGGAAUUUGUCUACAGGAAUCUCAAACAGAACAUACCAGUUUUGCUGUCUCUAUCCAGAUAUUUAAGAAGUGGAGCAAGGGAUUCAAUCGAUCAUCCUUCCUGCUCAGACUGUGGGGAGGGAUUCACUCGGUCAUCCUUCCUGCUCAGACUGUCGGGAGGGAUUCACUCAAUCAUCUGACCAACUGGCAUGCCCGUCAUUUUGCACAGGGUAGAUGCCAUUCAUCUGCUCAGACAGUGGGAAUGGAUUCAUGCGGACAUUUCAACUGAAGGUGCAUCAGCAAGUUCACACUAGGACAAGGCCAUUCACCUAUUCUGUGUGUGAGAAGGGAUUUAGUCAGUGUACCCACCUGUGGACACACCAGUCAGUUCACACUGGGCAGAAGUUGCUCAUCUGUUGAAUUUGUGGGGAAAGAUUCACUCGAUCAUCUGACAUAAUGGCUCAAAAGCAAGUGGACACCGGGGAGCAGCCGUUCACCUGCUCAGCCUGUGGGAAGGGAUUCACGUUGUCAGCUCAUCUGCAGGCACACCAGUCAUUACACACUGGGGAGAGGCCAUUCACCUGCUCGGACUGUGGGAAAAGAUUCACUUCAUCAUCUCAACUUAAGAUACAUCAGCGAGUUCACACUGGAGAGAGGCCGUUCACUUGCUCAGUCUGUGGGAAGAGAUUCACUCAGUCAUCCCACCUACAGAGUCAUCAGCGAGUUCACACUGGGGAGAAGCCAUUCACCUGCUUGGACUGUGGGAAGAGAUUUACUCAGUCAUCCAACCUACAAGCACAUCAGCAAGUUCACACUGGGGAGAGGCCUUUCACCUGCUUGGACUGUGCGAAAGGAUUCACUCAGUCAUCAGCACUGAAGGUACACCAGCGAGUUCACAGUGGGGAGCGGCCGUUCACCUGCUCAAACUGCGGGAAGGGAUUCAGUUGCUCAUUUAAACUGAAGGUACACUAGCGAGUUCACACUGGGGAGUGGCCGUUCACC